GGGAAGCUGCGUUUGCAGCCGAGCUCUGUGACAGCCAUGGAACUAAUGCAGGAAGAGCGGGAACUCAGUCACUGGGCUGCUGAAGAGAUGGGAGUGCCCCUAGCGGCCCGCCCCCGGGAGUCGACAAUGCGCAGGCUAUGUCUGGGUCAGGGCGCUGACAUCUGGGCCUACAUCAUGCAGCAUGUGCGUAGUGAGAGGAGUAUCAAGACGAUCCAGGGAAACCUCCUCUGGUAUGGCCACCAGGACAAUCCAAAGAUCCUUCGGAAGUUGGAGCUGGAAGCCACUGUGGCCCGCCUUCGGGCAGAGAACCAAGAGCUAGACCAGAGCCUGGAGCUGAUGGAUCAAGAGACUGAGGCUCAGGAUAUCGCCAUGACGCAGGCACUGCAGAACCUGAAAGACACCCAGCGCCAAACUCUUCUCCUCCAGGCCCUGGCUGGGGCUGUACGAAGACAGCACCGUCGGUUGCAAGACCCCAUGCAGCGGCUGCAGAAUCAACUCAAGCGUCUGCAGGACAUGCAGAGGAAAGCCAAAGUGGAUGUGACCUUUGGACCUGUGGUGUCAGCAGCCCCGGCCCUAGAGCCUGAGGUGUUGAGUGAUGUCCGAGCAGCCUGCUCCCUCCGAACUCAAUUCCUGCAGAACCUUCUGACUCCCCAGGCCAGGGGAGGCAGCAUCCUAAGCCCUUGUGAUGACCAUGUUGGAACAUCCUAUCAGCAGUGGCUGACCUCAGUUGAGUCACUGCUGACGAACCACCCUGCAGGCCACAUCCUGGCUGCCUUGGAGUACCUGGCUGCAGAGCGGGAGUCAGAGAUCCGGUCCCUGUGUUAUGGGGAGGGGCUCAAAGAAGAGGGGCUCAAAGAAGAGGUGCUGUCCAGGCCCCAGGCCCCGGACUCUUCAGGCUCCAGCCAGGUCCUGCCGUCCACUGUUCAUCUCAUCCAGGAGGGCUGGCAGGCUGUAGGUACGUUAGUUACCCAGAGGAGUGCACUCCUGAGUGAGAGACAAGUUCUGACUGGUCGCCUCCAGGGCCUAGUUGAGGAGAUGGAGAGACUCUCACUGGGAUCCAAUGAGAGGAAAGUACUGCUGCUGGAGCUUAGGCGCAGUAGCCUGUGGGCAGAGCUCAAGGCUCUUCAUGCCCAGAGCCAGGAACUGGAGAGUGCAGUUGGGCACCGGCAGCUUCUGCUGCGAGAGCUGCAGGCCAAGAGGCAGAGGAUCCUACAGUGGCGGCAGCUGGUGGAGGAGAGACAGGAACAGAUCCGUCUGCUCAUCAAGGGAAACUCAGCUAGCAAGACUCGCCUGAGCCGGGGUCCAGAGGAGGUGCUAGCCCUGAUUCGGCAGAAGCUUGUUCCCACCUCUGAGGCUGUGGCACCACAGAGCCAAGAACUGCUUCGAUGCUUGAAGGAAGAAGCCAAACACCUGCCCCACAUUAUCCUGGGCCCCCUACCACCAUACCAAGUCAAAGGGUUGAAGCCGCUAUCCAGGAUUCUACCAUCUAUCCAUCAGCUGCACCCCACUACCCCAAGGGGCUCCAGCCUCCUAUUGCUGAGUCACACACUGGGACUGCCUGUAGGGAAAGCACCCGAACUACUGCUUCCAAGGGCGGCCUCUCUCCGACAAGAUCUUCUGUUUCUCCAAGACCAGUGGGGUCUCCGAGGAGGAAAUCUCAGUGUGAAGACCAGUCUGCCUCCGGGACCAUCCACCCAGGCUCAUCCAAAUUCGGGGUUCUGGGCUAGCAUAUCUGUUCCUGCCACACUAACCCAUGACUCAGAGACUUCCAGAGACGGCAGGCCUAGAUAAAGAGCAUGUAAGAGUCAUGGUGGAGGUUGCAGACAAGGCACUCAGUGACGGCGGCGCUCUGCAUUCGGGUUCAGUGGGUCUGUUCUGGUGCAGUGGGGACAAGGCCCAGUCACCAUUUGGGGGGAAAUGGUGCAAGAGUGGAAGUUGGAAGUGGGGUGAAAAGGCCCUGGGAAAGAUGGUGAGUUGAAGAUAGAGCCCAGGGAAUAGAGUGCUUGCCUAGUUUGCAUACAGUCCUGGCCUUCAUAACCAGGACUGCAUAAAACUAGGUGUGGUGGUUGGGAAUAGUGGCGUACACCUUUAGUCCCAGUACCGUGGAGGCAUAGGCAUGUAUGAGUGUGAGUGUAAGAUCAGUGAGGUCUACAUAGUAAGUUCCAAGCCAGCAAGGCCUACAGUGUGAGACCUGUCUCCAAGGGAAGGUGGCUAGAGAGAUGGCUCAGUGGUCAAGAGCACCUGUUC